CAACAUGUUAAAAGAAAAAGUUUUGGAGGCCGUUCCACAUUCCUGAGCCACACAUGCACACGCACACACACAGGAGGAGAGAGAAAGUCAACACAUAAACGAGCAGGCUUGGUGAAGUGAAACAAACUGGUGUUACACACUGACCGACUGGGGUCAAACUUCUGACCACAUAGAGGAAGAGGAGAGCCUUACCAUGUUUCUGAGAAGGUGUGUCGCAAUGUUUUGGACCUUCAUCAUUCUCAGUGUGGUCUUCAUUGGAGGUCGCACAUCGCCAACCUCGAGUCCAUCUGCCCCAACUGGCGCCAGCAGCGAGGAAGAACCGUGCCACAUUUUCAACUCAGGCCGCUCGGCAGACUGCUUGGGGAGGCAGCUGGAGAGCAUCCCGUGGAGCCACUUUCCGUCCACGCUGGAGAACAUCGAUCUAUCCUACAAUAAACUCCAAGCUAUCCGUUCGGACAACUUCCUCCACCUCCCUCACCUGCGCGUCCUUCAGCUGCAGUACAACAACAUCUCGCACAUUGACAGUGAUGCCUUCAGAAACAACAGCUUGCUGGAACAUCUGGACAUCUUCAACAACUCCUUACAGGAAAUUCCUGCCACGGUGCUGACGUCUCUGUUGAAUUUAAAGUAUCUGUACAUGUCCAACAACCUCUACAAACGUGCGACACUAGCUGAGGGCUUCUCCAGGCUGGUCAAAUUGCAGGUUCUGUCCAUGGGUGGGCCUCUGGUGGAGGGUCUGAAGAGAGAGGAUUUUCAGCCGCUGAAGAAAAUCAAGUUACAAAGCUUCGCAAUAAAGUGUUCUUCCAACUUAAGCUACUACGAGCCCGGAAGUCUCCGCAUUAUUCAAACUCUGCAGAUGGGUUUCGACAUGGCCAUAGACCAACGGCCCGGUGCCCUUGUUGACAUGCUGCACGACCUUUCCAACAAGACCUUCAGUGCAAUCCAGUUCCGCAACCUCUUUGAGUUCAUGUACUACAUGGGAGACGAGGACAUCUUCCAGGGUCUAAAUAACAUUAGAGCCUAUCAGAUCAUCUUCCACAGAGGAAAGUUCAAUGAGAACCUCCUUAGGAUGGCGUUGAUCAACCUACAGGCCGCCACCAUCAACAGGGUCAGGUUGCAGUACAUCGACUUUGCACGAUCGCCAACCUUUAUUGACAGCGGGGUCAAAUCACGCAUCACAGACCUGAAGCUGGACAAGCUGGAUCUCUGGUACAUCAGCAAUCCCGAUAUACUGCGUUUUGACUGGCGCUUCACCUGGUUCAAUAAGAUCAAGCAGCUGUCUAUUCAGUACGUUUACUUCAACUCGGUACCUUGCGACGCCUGGGUGGAGAUGGCAGGUGUGGAGUUCCUAGAUGUCUCAAACAACCGUCUCCUGAACGACUACAUCUUUAACCAGCGCUGCGACUACAAGGGCGCCAUGCCAAACCUUCACACCUUCAACCUGAGCACCAAUGAGCUGACCAGCUUAAGAGACUUGUCAUUGCUCACUAGACAGUUCCAGCAUCUGCAAGUGUUGGAUUUAAGCCACAACAUGCUGGGUUCUGUCGAAAGCAGCCGAGGCUGCGUUUGGCAAAAAAACAUCACCAGGAUCAUCGCUCACCACAAUCAGUUCACGACUGAAGCCCUCUCUUGUCUACCCACCACAGUGGACUUCUUGGACCUGUCUUCUUGCAACCUGGACCAGCUGGACGUGGCAUACUUCGAGAAGGCCACCAACCUGAAAGUGCUGCUGCUGAGUGACAACAAAAUCAAGUUCAUUCCAUCCAUGUGGGAGAGUCCAUCACUGCAGAGGCUGGCUUUGGACGGCAAUUCGUUCGGUCUCAUUAGCAAAGAAUCUUUCCAGCAUAUGCCUGGACUUUCUCACCUGAGGGCCGGGAACAAUCCUUACCACUGCACCUGUGAGCUACACGCCUUCAUUGAAGACACCAAGCAAAAAGGUCAGGUCAACCUGACAGACUGGCCAUGGAACUACAAGUGUUACCACCCAGAGCAGUUUCUAAACACAGUCAUAUCUCGAUACUUCCCGAGUGAGGUGUCGUGUGAUGUCAGAUUGGUGAUCAUCAUCUGUGUAGCGACCACCACGGCCGUCAUCCUGAUUCUGAUGCUCGUUUGUUACAUUUUCGACCUCCCAUGGUACACCAAGGCCACCUAUCAGAUCAUCAGGGCUAAAUACAGAACUCACAAGGAGAGAGCCGCAGGACAGCCUGGACCUUUCAACUAUCACGCCUUCAUUUCAUACAGCCACUGGGAUGCUGACUGGGUGAGAGAGCAGCUGCUGCCGUGUUUGGAGAACAAAAGGAACCCGUACCGACUGUGUAUACAUGAGAGGGACUUCAUGCCAGGACGGUGGAUCAUCGACAACAUCAUCGAGAACAUCGAGAACAGCCACAAGGUAAUAUUUGUCCUUUCGCGGCAUUUUGUCAACAGCGAGUGGUGCAACUAUGAGCUGUACUUCGCUCAGCAGCGUGCAAUGGGGAAGACAUUCAGCGAUGUCAUCCUGGUGGUGAAGGAGCCCAUCGACCCCCGCUCCUUGCCCAGCAAGUACUGCAAGUUAAAAAAGAUGCUGAGUACCAAGACAUACCUGGAGUGGCCUCAGCAGGUCAACCAGCAGGCCUUCUUCUGGGCCCAGCUGAGGAGCGUCCUAGGCAAGCCCACGCCCGCCCAACAAGGGAGGCACAGUAUCCACAGCAGGAACCCGUCCGUGGGGGGCCGUUCUCUGACUGGGUACCCUAAGGAGGACAGGAGGCCAAAUCCUACUGGAGAAGCAGAGAACAUUAAUGAUGACGUGUUCAAUGGAAGACAAAUCCCUGUGGUGGCUUGAAGCCUGAACCUGCGUAACCUAAAGACCGCCUCAUCACAAAAGAUCUGACGAGAACACGAUCCCUCACAGCUGAAAGGCCUCCACUCCCACGUUGCACUCUGUUUAAGCAGCAAGGUGACAGCUGCCACAUUUUGUAGUCUUUCCACACUUCAUUUUAUCUGCUUGGUUUAAAUUGCUCAGCCUUGUUCACAAUGAUUUAUAAAAAUGAUUUCCUUCUCAAGCACGCUAGUUGAACAUUCGUGAAGUGCAUGAAAAAUGUCAGACUGCAGUGUUAAGAAGUAUUAUGUACAGUAGAGAAUCACGCAUCCUCUAAAGACAUAUUUACACGUAAUUUAUCAUCACAGUCAUCGUCAAUUCAUUUAUUAUUCAUAAAAUCCUGGACAUUUGUUAUUUUUAUAUUUUACAGUCUUCUUGAAUAAAAACGGAAAGUGUUAUUAAAUAACAUGGUCAAUGUUUGUGUUUGAGACUGUAGUAACUGCACGCACCGCAGACUUGGUCUUAAAUACCAAAGGCAAUGAUGGCUACAUUUAAGUCCAUUCCCACAACAUCACGCACACAUCCAUCCAUCCAUUUUCUAUGCCGCUUUUCCGCACUAGGGUCGCGGGGGUAUGCU